UGAGAUGUGUAAACAUAUUAUAUUUGCCUAUACAUGAUAGAAUAAUGAUAAAUAGUUGGCCAUCAGGGCACAACUCCAAUAGAAUCUCCUUUCACGGGUUAAAGGCUCCCAUCCUUCCGUCACGUCCCAUUUCCCCCACCCGACGCCACCCUCAUGUCCAUCACUCGGCAACUCUACGGCCAAGGGGUCGUCGAGAUUAAGAAGGUGGUGACUGAGGAAUCUCUAGCAGUGCUGGGGUUUGAGUUUGUCCAAGACGAGCUUCGCCACCAACCCGACCUGCUAAGGGAUGUUCCCGGGGGACAUCAGCCCGACCUGCCAAGGGAUGCUCCCGAGGGAGGCUUUUACUUUGAGCCACCAGGAUUAGAAGAGGAAAUGGAUAGUGAUUUUUUGCUCGGUCACUUCGUUGCAGGGAGGAAGAGGAAGAGGGACGCGACCAAGCAAAGCAGAAGCAGGCGCUCUUCCUCUCGUGGUGAAGAUAGUCCUCCUCAUGAGCAAGUCGUGAUCCAGGAUCGAGCUUGCAUCUCGGCCGGUUCUAAGGAUGACCUCAACAACAUGGUUCUUUUGAAGCUUAGCCAGGCUACGCUGGGGAUGAUUGAGCUCAUUGGCCGGAGGCAGGACUGCCAAGCAGCUAUGGAUGAGGCAAGGAAGGCAGCUGAAGAUAAGCAGAGAGAGCUGCAGGAGGAGGUCGCCCGCCUCGCAAGAGAGCUAGAGGAGGAGAAGGGUCGCUCUACCACCCUUGAGACAGAGAACACCUCCUUGUCUUCUGAAAGGGGUGAUGCCGAUUGGGGCUCACAGAAAAGUGAGUCGCCUCCCCACCUUCCCUCGCAGGAGAAGGACAAGGGUUUUUACUGCAGCUUGGGGGUGACCAUCUCUGUUCCAUGUUGGAGAAGAAAGGUGGUCGCUCGCAAGAAAUACCCCUACAAGGUUAUCUUUCUGGACAUUGUAAAGGCUCCUUGGUGCUCUGAGCAUAUCCCCUCAUGGAUUUCCUCCAUCAACUUCUGUGCUUCGUCUCUCCUUAAACACCUUAACAGUGUACCAUUGUACGAUCGCUUGUAUAGCCUACCGCACUCUAGCGUGUUGCUAGGUGCGCGUCGCUUGACGACUUUGGCUGUGAUCCGAUCUGUUGGUAGCGACCCGUCAAGGAUGUACAUAGUUAACUCGUCUAUCCAGUCCGGCUCGUUGAGCGUAACAACCAAAACUUGUCCAGGACUGAUGCUUGGCUCGAGCAACUCUUCUUCUUGGGUCAUCGCCUUGAUAUGGUCUAGGGAAUCAGAACCAAGCUUCGAUAGGAUGUCUACCUUAGCAUUUUCUUCUCGAGGGACCUACUCUAUCCGGUACGCCCCGAAUGCCUUAAGCAACUCCAACACGGUGUCUCUAUAUUUCUUCAUCCUCUCAUCCUUGGCUUCAAAUUCUCCUGUGACAUGGCCCACUAUCAAUUUGGAAUCACACCUGACCAGGAUCCGCUCGGCCUUCAAUGAUGCUGCUAGCCUCAAACCGUAGAGCAGCGCCUCGUACUUAGCCUCAUUGUUUGAGACCUUAAACCGGAAUCUUACGGAGUAGUAUGCCUUGAAUCCCUCAAGUGAUAUUGCCACGACGCCUCCCCCCGAAGCAUCGGUCGCGGAUGAGCCAUCGGUGUAUAUGGUCCACUAGUUUCCCUCGGGCUCUUCUCCAUUGGACUCUACUUCCCUUGCGGUGCACUCUACAACAAAGUCCGCCAAGGCCUGCCCCUUGAUCGCUAGUCACGGCUUAAAUUCUAUUU